GAUGGUACAGCCGGAUUAUCGCCAUCUGCUGCAGCUUUUCUUCCCAAGCCUGUGACCUCCCAGUCUGCUUUCUGUCCCCUCCCUGGCCCCGUAGCGUCAGUGGUUGCUAGGCAGCAGUGCAGCGACUCUACGUUAUGGCGACGUCUCACCAGGACUCUGUGCUGGCCGCUUCGUGUAUCCGCACCCCAGUGCACCCCCGUACCCGAGCCCCCCGCACCCUGUACGAGAGGCAGGAGGAGGAGGAGAGGCUGCGGGGCUCCAAGGAGCAGCCGGGGCCGGAUGAUCUUGACUCAUAUUCUGAUACCGAAAAAGAGCAAUCCUACGGAAUGGUCAACUACAAAGAAUGGAUACUGGACAUCUCUAAAAUCCAUCACUCAGACAGGGAGUACUACUUGCAGCUUGAAAGGUUAAAAAAUGCCCAUGUACUCAACAUGGGAGAGCUGGAGCAGAUGUAUGAUAAUAAACUGAAUCUGCAUGGAGUCCAGGACACACAACCGGUGGCCAAGACAGAUUAUUGGUCAGAAUGGGAGCAGAAAUCUUCCCAGCCCACUGAAUGCAAAUGCUGCUUUCUAAAGCACAAUGUCAGCUCCUCUGGGUUAUCGGUGUCAUCCCUGGAUGAACUGUCUGAUGGAGAAGAUGACAGUGACACAAAUGAUUCUGUAUCUGCCAGAGAGAAAAUUGAUGAUAUGUGGAAAGGAUUUACAGUUGAACAUUAUAUCAAGAAGACAGAUUUUGGAAAACUGCAAGCAAAAUGUAAAUCUAACAAAAGUCAAUGUAAAGAAUGGUCACACAAAGUGACUAUCCCACAACCAUUUGAGAUGACAAUUAGGGAGGCCAAGAAAAAGGAGAUGAACGUCAAGUCCAAGUCAGAAAUAGAGAUGGAGAACAAUUUGUUAAAGAAGAGACUGGAGGAAGAAGUAGAAUGUCAAAAGAAAUUUCGAGCAAACCCUGUCCCUGCUUCAGUUUAUCUUCCUCUGUAUGAUGAGAUAGUGAAAAGAAACGAGGAGAGACGCAAUUUUGUGAAAGAAAGAAGCAAGGAGAUUCUUCUCGCAUCUCAGAAACCAUUCUUGUUUAUUGAGCGAGAAGAGUGCAAGAAGCAAGACAGAAAGAUGACACUUAACGAUCUCCCAGAUUCAGUCCACACUUUUAAACAUUUUAGAGCAAAGCCAGUUCCCAAAGCUAUAUAUGGAACCUCUGUUAAUGAAAGGCUAAAAGAAGAAGAACUCUAUAGGGAGAUAAGGAUACAUAUGAGGUCUGAGGAACUUCUGCGCAGCUCUUCCUAUCCUACCAGCACAUUGGCCUGUACGAAUAAUUCAAGAAGUAGAAAAACUAGAUGUCAGGAACCUAAAAAGGAACAAAGUCACAGGCCAAAAAUCAAUACGCAGAUACCCAAUUUUAAAGUUCUACAUGAAAAUCACCAAAAAAGCUUCUUAAAAAAUAAGGACACAAAACAUGUAACUAUUUGUGAGCCCUUUCAGUUACGUACCUCCAACAUUCCAUCACAUGAGAGCAAAAUCCUGAAGGACAUUGAAAUAGAUGAAGAAAUGCUCAAGGAGACUCGUUGGCCAUAUAAAUCUCCAAGGAAGCAGUCAUGGAAAACUUUAGGAGGAUCAUCUCCUCUUGAAGAGGCUUCAGUUAUCACUCCAAGAUUCACAGAGUCAUCUAAAAGGAGAGAACAGUCUAUUAGGAAGUCUAUUGAAGAUAAAUUAAAACAGGAAGAAGAAGAGAAAAAGAGACAAACAACAAGGAGGGAGAGAGCGAAAACCCUGAAGAAACAUAUUAGUAGGAGAGCUAAGACUAUUCACCCAGACCCAACCCCAAGGUCACAUAGUAAAUUAAAAGAAUUGAGGAAAAGUGAAAAGCGGAGGGCAAAGGAGUACAUGGAAGAACUGAGUGCAAUGAAAGAAAGGGUCUCCCAGACACCACUCUUAUUGGAGAGGGCCUCUCAGAAAAAUGCGCGUCUGUUUGCUGAGAAGCAUUACUCCUAUGUGCUUAGAGAUCUCGGUUUAUGUGAUGAUUUUGUGUCAGUGAAAGGGCAAACUGCAGCACGAAAAGGCGCGGAGCAUACGAAGGAGCAUGCGUUCAGCUUAGAUUAUGAAGAGAGCAGCUCUGAAGGAACAUUGGAAAUAGAGGAUUUACAAGAAGAUGGUGAAGCUGACAAGAUCCAGGGAAAUCAGUCUGAGGAUGAGAAAUAUGGAGAUUACAGUACUGAUGAAGAUCACAUUGAAGAGGAGGUGUAGUCGGGUACCUCUUACCUGGUGCACUUACCAAAUUGUGCUGUGUAUGAUCAUGUUAGAAAUGUUUAUUCAAGACUGGUAAAUCUGAUAGAAUCACAUGGUGAACAGCUUAGUUAGGGCCACACACUGCAGAUCAAGAAACGAAUGGGCAACAUGAGUAUCCUUGUAUACUUAGAAAUUAGUGUAAAUACCUCAAAAAUCUAUUAAAUCUUAUUACAUACCAUAAUAAAAUCCCAUAAUGAUGAGAACAAUAUGAGAUCCAAAAGAUUCAGGAAAAAUGGAUUGGCCAAUAGUACAUAUACCAGUUUAAUCACAUAGGUAUAACCAUACACCACUACUAACCAAUAUAUCUGUACAGGUAAAACACCUCAUAUGUAGAAAAGCAGGUUGUAUGUGUGUAUUCAGUAGUUCAUUAUACCCUUCUUAUGUGCAUUAUAUGCCUGUUUCUGUAUACAGGGAAUUUGAUAUGCUGCUAAUGUUAUAUAACUAUGUAGUCAAAUUCUUUGCAGAGCUAAGCAGCAUAUACAAAUAUAGCUCAGUAUACAUGCAUGUCAAAAAGUUACCGUUGAACUAAGUCUAACACAUCUUUCCCAUGUUGAGAUCAGACCCUUUCCUCAUGGCAACCUCUACAGCUGUUUCACUUCCUUCCUCAGGGGUUAAGUAUACAAGAUUAGUGAAGUUCUCCAUAUAAUAGUUAUCUGACAUUGCGGCCAUGGACAUAUAUGCUAAAUGAUAUUAAUACAAAAUAUAGGUGGUGUGUGUCCAUUUGGAUUAUUUUUGGUAAUGUUUGUCUCCUGUAGCUGUUGUGAAUUACGUUCUGGUGCUACUGUUCUUUUUGUGUAAAAAAAUAAAUAAAAAAAUAAAAAAGCAUCAGCUGACCAUAGACAGAAGAUGGCUCAAUUCCAUAGGCAUUUUACUUGUAUUGACUGAAAAAGAUAAAUAGCUGCCACAACCGGCACUAUGUAUCAAGAAACAAAGGAUCAUAUAGCUAAAAAUCUAUCAUUUUUUUUAUUCCAAAAUGGGGACAUUAAGGGGGUUUUGAGUUUAAUGCUAGUACAAACUGCUGAAAAUGUCAGGGAGUCCUGGCAACUCUGCAAUAUCUUUGGCCGGCAGUAAACUGUGCUGUAUGGUACGUAUACAGUGGUCCCUCAAGUUACAAUAUUAAUUGGUUCCAGGACGACCAUUGUAUGUUGAGACCAUUGUAUGUUGAGGCCAGAACUCUAUGGAAACCUGGUAAUCGGUUCUAAAGGCACCAAAAUGUCAUCCAAAAAUAGGUAAAAGUGAGAAUUAAAGAAAAAUAAGUAGAUAACUAAUACAGAUAAAGCAAAUCCUUACAUAUAAAAGUAAGAAAGAGCUGCUGGGAGCUGUAAUCACUGUCUAUGUCAGUGUUUCCCAAGCAGGGAGCCUCCAGCUGUUGCAAAACUACAACUCCCAGCAUGCCCGGACAGCCAAAGGCUGUCCGGGCAUGCUGGGAGUUGUAGUUUUGCAACAGCUGGGGGCUCCCUGCUUGGGAAACACUGGUCAAUGCAGAGGACAGGAGUUUAUUCCCGGUCCUGUACAGUAAACGAAAUGUCCUAAAAAAGUAACAUGGAGUCGCCCUCACCUGGUGUCCAAAGGAGCAGCUAGCCCUGGUACAGUUAAAGUGUACAGAACAUGUUGUACCUCCCUGUACUGUAGGGGGCGCUACCAGACAUCAGUCAGUGCAUAUACUUCAGUAAUACAGGGGUUUUACCAGUAAAUUGCCCAUUCUGAUUGGUCAGUUCUUCUGGCCAUUGACACGUUUCAAAGUUCUGGACUGUCCGUAACAUUGUAUGUUGAGUCUGGUUUCAACUUACAAUGGUCCAGAAAAGACCAUUGUAUGUUGAAACCAUUGUAUGUUGAGGCCAUUGUAAGUUGAGGGAUCACUGUACUUAUAAUGUUCCUUGUGACAAUAUAGCAGCAACCAGCAGUAUACCUUUGUCUGAUAGGAUUUGUUACAAUGACAUCAGCUUCAUUAUCCAUCAGAGAUUGAAAGAUUUUCCUUUUGGGCUCCAUUGGGCUGAUAUAUGGUGCUAUACAAUUAAAAAAAGAUGCACAUAAAAAAACAAGUACCAAAACUUUAUGUUUUAUGUGUCCUCAAGUUUUUAAUGUUUUUUGUGUGCAACAAUAAAGACAGCAGGAUUGUCAUCGCCAUCAGCAGUUUGGUGUUUGGUGUAACCUCUUCCUUGCUGUGUUGCUGCAUUUUCUUUCCUGUCUGCUCACGUAGCACCUUGCAAAGUCAGUGCAUCAGUAACCCCUUCUUAUUUCACAUCCCAUUUAUAAUGGUGUACUGUGCAAACCAACAGUCCUGCACAAUGCCAGCCUGUUCAGUUCAGUGCACUUUCACCAGCACUUUGUCAUGGCAUAGCAAUAAGGAGUAUGCAAUGUUUGUUUCCACUAACAGAAGAUUUUGUGGGACAGUCAGGCUUCAACCAUAUAAUAUAGGUUGUCUUCAGAUCUUUUCUCAAUCAUUAGAAUGUACUGACAAAUAAUGAAUGCAUUUGGCUAGUGGUCCUGUAGGUACAUUACUGGUUUUAGCCAAGGACAGGCUCCUUUGGAGAAGAACACUAUCUUUGCUGAGUUUAAAAUUUUUCAAAGAAUUAGAGAUUUACAUUUUAUUUUUGUAAUAAUUUAUUAUUGAAAUUUAUAAUAUAUAACAUAAUUGAAUUUAUGUUUGUUAAUUAUACUUUACUUUAUAAA